UAGCUCGACUAUCAACAAGGUCAGUUGCUAAAAGUGGCACUAGCUCUGGAGAGCAAUCAUUACCAUCCAAAAUGAGAUUUAUGGGCAUCAGUAAAUUGGAAAAACUAUUCUCAUCAAUAUUUCUGAUAGUCAGUUUCGGGGUUCUCUUUUACAGCAUCACCAGCUAUCUCUCCCAAUCUUCAGUAGAUCCCCUGGUUCUUAUCAAUAAACAUCUUUUGUCUCCGGAGAAACCCCACAUAGCAGAUCAGCAACAACAGCUAGAGUUUACAACGAACGAAAAAGAAACUCCUACAGAAACUUCCACCCAAACUUCUACCCAAACUUCUACCCAAACUUCUACCCAAACUUCUACCCAAACUUCUACCCAAACUGUUAAAGAAUCCCCCACAACGGAUCCUAUACCUACUGAUGAAACUACCGAGGAAUCAGGAUUGCAAGGAUUCAAAAUAGUGGGAGAAGGGCUUCAGGUACCCAAGGGAAAAGAGGACAGUUUCUUGUUCCUUAAGACUCACAAAUGUGGCACUUCUACCUUGGUAAAUAUGUUUUAUCUAUUCGGAAUAAGGAGGCGGCUAAACUUCGUCACCAAUCCUUGGAGUAGGCAACUCGACAUAGAAAAAACAUUGCUUCCUCCGCGACCUGGUGGAGACUACAACUUUCAAAUCGCUCAUGCUAGGUUUAAGCCUGAAAGGCAGCAUGAGAUUCUUCCCAAGUUCCGCACUUUCUACACAACAAUCGUUCGCUCUCCUAUCAAACGAUUUAACUCUGCUUUCGACUAUUUUAAUGUUGAUAGGAACCACAAAUACGGCAAUGAUGGCGAACUCUUAUCUUUGGAUGAUACCAUAUUAAAGUAUUUUAAUAUUCAUGGAACUGAAUUUGAACCAACAGAUAGCUCAUUAAUACUCAAUUAUGUGAUAAACGGUUUAUCUUAUGAUCUCGGAUUUGGGAGAUAUUUAGAAAGGGACGGAACUUUACAAGAAAAGAUAAACGACUUCAUCGCGGAUCUUGCACAAGAAUUUGAUUUCGUGCUCCUCACAGACUACUUUGACGAGAGUUUAGUUCUGCUCAAAGAACAGAUGGGCUGGGAGUACCAGGAUAUAUUUUUCAUGAAGCGGUUCACAACAGCUGAUAGGAGUAGGAAAGACUCCGAACUUAGCCAGAAAACGACCGAUCUAAUACUUAAGUACAAUAUCGUAGACGUUCAAUUACACCAAUUCUUUUACAAAAUGUUCAAAAUGAAAGUCCGUGCAUUUGGAGAGGAAUUACUUAAAGAAAAGACUGCCGAAUUUCGUCGGUUAAGGAUGGAAUUCGAAAAUCAGUGCUAUAUCAAGCCAGAUGAUUUUCUUGAAUCCCAAAGUUUUAACAGAGAUUGGAUUCUUACGGAAUUCGGGGAACUGGAAAAGUCAUGCACAUUGCUUCAUAUGAGAGACAUUGUUUUGGAUUUCUUUAUCAGUGAACUGCAGGUUAAGAAAGACUUUACCUUACCAAAUGGGGACGAGAUAAUGGAAAAAUGGACGUCAACAAAUAAACCGAUGGAUAAGGAGCAGAAAAAUAUGGUAAUGAGUAUACAAGAAGCAUACGAUGACCAUGGAGUUCAUCCAGUUUAUUUCUUCACAGGACACAUCCCUCAAUCUUCAGUAGAUCCACCGAAUCUUAUCAGUACAGAUCUUAUCUCUCCGGAGCAAAUCCACAUAGCAGAUCAGCAACAACAGCUAGAGUUUACAACUAACGAAAAAGCAGCUUCUACACAACCCACAACUUCUACCCAAACUUCUUCAGAAACCCCCACUUCUACCCAAACUUCUACCAAAACUUCUACCCAAACUUCUACCCAAACUUCUACCCAAACUUCUACCCAAACUUCUACCCAAACUUCUACCCAAACUUCUACCCAAACUUCUACCCAAACUUCUAUUACACAACCCCCCACUUCUACCCAAACGUUUACAGAACUCACCACGACGGAGCCUAUACCUACUGAUGAAACUACCGAGGAAUCAGGAAUACAGGAAUUCAAAAUAGUGGGAGAAGGGCUUCAGGUACCCAAGGGAAAAGAGGACAGUUUCUUGUUCCUUAAGACUCACAAAUGUGGCACUUCCACCUUGAGGGAAGGUGAUGAUGGAAAACUUUUAUCUUUGGACAAAACUAUAUCAAAAUGGUUGGAUGCUAAUAAAGCUGUGCUAGAACCAAAUAAUACUUCCUGCUACCUGGGAGACAUUGUUAACGGGAUAUCUAAAGAUCUUGGAUUUGAUAAAUAUUUAGAAAGAGACGGAACUUUACAAAAAAAGAUAAACGACUUCAUCGCGGAUCUUGCACAAGAAUUUGAUUUCGUGCUCCUCACAGACUACUUCGACCAGAGUUUAGUUCUGCUCAAAGAACAGAUGGGCUGGGAGUACCAGGAUAUAUUUUUCAUGAAGCGAUUCUUAACAGCCGGGAGAAAGUAA